AUGUUUCGGAUAUUUUUUAUUUUACUGGUAGUUUCUACUGGUGAUUGUAUUGUUAUCGGUAAAAUAGAUAAUAAUAUAUUGAUUGGUAAUAUAUCUAAAUCAUUAUGGAAUAUAACGGAAAGUCAAUGUAUAUGUGAAAUGACAAAUUCAAAUGGAACAAUAUCGACAUUAAAUUACUUCUCAACAAAUCAAACUUGUCAAUUAUUUUAUACAAAUUCUACUUCGAUCUUCAUUGAAUUUAAUCUCAAUUCUUCUUUGAUAUUUAUAAAUCAAUCAGCAAUAUUCAUAGCACAAAAACCAACUACGACAUCAACAACAACAUCAACAACAACAACAUCAACACCAACAGCAAUACAGCAAUGGACAACAACAGGAAACAUGAGUGUCGAAAGAUGUAGUCACACAGCAUCCACAUUAACAAAUGGAUUAGUAUUAGUUGCUGGUGGAGAGAAUAGCAAUGCUGUUCUCAAUAGUGCUGAGUUGUACAAUCUAUCAACAGGCACUUGGACAACCACAGGAAACAUGAGUGUCGCACGAUAUUGGCACACAGCAUCCACAUUAGCAAAUGGAUUAGUAUUAGUUGCUGGUGGUAAUGGCAAUAGUGCUGAAUUGUACAAUCCAUCAACAGGUACUUGGACAACUACAGGAAGCAUGCGUGUCGCACGAGAACUUCACACAGCAUCCACAUUAGCAAAUGGAUUAGUAUUAGUUGCUGGUGGAGAGAACGGUGCUUUUCUCAAUAGUUCUGAGUUGUACAAUCUAUCAUCAGGUACUUGGACAACUACAGGAAGCAUGAAUGUCGCACGACAAUAUCACACAGCAUCCACAUUAGCAAAUGGAUUAGUAUUAGUUGCUGGUGGAGAGAAUAGCAAUGCUGUUCUCAAUAGUGCUGAAUUGUACGAUCCAUCAGCAGGUACUUGGACAACUACAGGAAGCAUGAAUUUUGCUCGAUUUUUGCACACAGAAUCCACAUUAGCAAAUGGGUAUGUAUUAGUUACUGGUGGACACAACAGUAGUGGUUAUCUCAAUAGUGCUGAGUUGUACAAUCCAUCAACAGGUACUUGGACAACCACAGGAAGCAUGAGUGUCGCACGAUAUUGGAACACAGCAUCUACAUUAGCAAAUGGAUUAGUAUUAGUUGUUAGUGGAUACAACGGUGGUAGUUGUCUCAAUAGUGCUGAAUUGUACGAUCCAUUAACAGGUACUUGGACAACUACAGGAAGCAUGAGUGUCACACGAGGACGUCACACAGCAUCCACAUUAGCAAAUGGACAAGUAUUAGUUGCUGGUGGAGACGGCAGUAGUGGUUUUCUCAAUAGUGUUGAGCUUUAUUAA